AUGCGUGGGAAGCUGCUGCCGCUGGCCGGCCUCUACCUGGUGCAGGGCCUGCCCUACGGGUUGCAGACCGGCCUGCUGCCCGUGCUGCUGCGAGCGGGCGGCCUCUCCCUGACUCGCGUGGGACUGACCAAGAUGCUGUAUGCGCCCUGGCUGUUCAAGCUGGUGUGGGCUCCGCUGGUGGGCACGCGGGGCUCUCCCAGGGCCUGGCUGACGCUCAGCACCGCUGCUCUGGGCCUGGUGUGCGGGCUCCUGGCAGCUCUGCAUCCGGCUGAAGGCGGCCAGGCAGAGCUUCCUGUUGCCGUGGCUGGGCUGCUGCUAUUGCUGAACCUGGGUGCAGCUGUGCAGGACGUUGCCCUCGACACACUGGCCAUGCAGCUCCUGGAACCGGCGGAGCUGGGGCCUGGCAACACCGUGCAGGUGGUUGCCUACAAGCUGGGGUCGGUGCUGGCGGGUGGUGGACUGCUGGCCCUUGUGCCUACCCUCUCCUGGCCCCAGCUGUUUCUGCUCCUGGCUGCCACCUACUGGCUGGCUGCUGCCCUGGCUUGGGCCAUACCAGCCCUGCAACAAUUGCCCCCUCCUCGGCCCUCAGAACUCCCCCCACACACCCUGCAUCUUCUGCAGGACUUGCUAGCUGUGCCGGGGACCCUGUGGACUGCUGGCUUUGUCCUCACUUACAAGCUGGGUGAGCAGGGUGCCAGCAGCCUGUUCCCACUCCUCUUGCUGGACCAAGGCCUCUCUGCCCCGGAGCUGGGGCUGUGGAACAGUGUGGGCGCCGUGGCCUGUUCCAUUGCUGGCUCGUCCCUGGGUGGGGCCCUGCUGUCCGGACGCUGGAAGCUGCUGCCCCUGCUGAGGUCAGUACUUCAGUUCCGUCUUGGGGGCCUUGCCUGCCAGACCACUCUGCUGUUCUGCCUGGACACCCCGUGGGCCAGGCUGGACCCUGGCACAGUCCUAAGAGGGGCCGUCUUGCUGAGCCUGUGCCUGCAGCACUUCUUGGGGGGCCUGGUCACAACUGCCACCUUCACUCUGAUGAUGUGCUGCAGCCAGCUGGCACACAGUGCCUUACAGGCCACACACUACAGCCUCCUGGCCACGCUGGAGCUGCUGGGGAAGCUGCUGAUGGGCACACUGGCUGGAGCCCUGGCUGACAGCCUGGGCCUACACCUCUGUUUCUCCCUCUUCCUUGCUCUCUCAGCCAUACCUAUUCUGUACCUGAGCCUGGCACCCAGAGCCCUGGCCUGA